UCACUGACUCGCUCACUCAAUCUCAUCUUAUCAAUAAUCGUAGCCACUCUGUCUGGUUUCUUCUUCUUCUUGAUACACUGUGCUUUAUUUUCUCCGUUUUGCGAAAGUGGAAAAGAGAGGAAGGGGGGAAGCUGAGAUUUUUGUUUAAAUUUUUAUCUUUUCUGUUCUUAAUGGCUUCUACUGCUACUGCUGCUGCUGCUGCUGCACCGCAGUUCUACUUGGAUGAGAAGUGGAAGUUGUCGAAGAAGGAAGGGUCGAGAAGCCGGUCUUCGACUUCGCCUCUGAUGAGGAAUUCGUCGCAGAGGAGGUGUUCGUUUACCAGGAAGUGCGCUAGCUUGGUGAAGGAACAGAGGGCUAGGUUUUACAUCGUGAGGCGUUGCGUCACCAUGCUCAUCUGCUGGCGUGAGUACAGUGAUUCGUGAAACUCAAACAAUCAAACCAACAGACAAACAAACACUUCCUGAGAAAGAGAAAGAGGAUGCUUCAGAGAGACUUCUCUCUUUUUUCGCCCACUUUUCCUCCUCUUUCCUUCCGCGAGGUCGCUCGUGGGUUUGCUUCAAAACCCAGUUCCACCCUUUUUCUGCCGUCCCGGGAAAAAGAGAACAGAGAGGAAGAGCAAGAGCAAGAGAUACAUACUUGUACAGAUUUAUUUCUUAUCUUAUUUUCUUUUUGCCUAGAUAAUUUUCCCUUUUCUUCUUUCCUUUUUCUCUUUUCUGGAUCUGAAUGUCCACUGAAGAUGGAUUCUUGAUGUUACUGUUUCUUCCCUGUAAUCUAUCCGAGAAUAGAGAGAGACCAACAUGAAAGAGAAUCAUAUCACAGAUAUUUUGGCUAUUCCA